AUAAUUUAAUUAAGUUUAUCAAAAGCUACAUUUUCUUGUUUUGUUUUUCAAUUUCUAAUUUUUAUUGAAAGUUAGAUUUAGAUUGUUUUUUUCCUUAUAGACUAUGAAGAAUACUUUGCACGUGGAAGUUCUUCUAAAAACUGAAAAAGCUGUUGAUAUUUCUGAGUUGGAAGAAUCCAUUAAUCUUGAACUAAAAAAAAUAAAACCAAUUAUCCCAGAAUCUACACAUACUACUUUCAUUACUGAUGGAUUAGCAGAUUGUAUAAAAUCCAUACAAAUUUGUGAAGUUGAAAAUUUACAAGAAGAUGAUAAUCAUGAACGAAUGAUAAAUUAUGAGCUACCAGAAGGUAAAUCAUUAGACCUAGAUGCAUAUACAGUUCAAAUUUACUUUUACAAACUAGAUGAUAGUGGUUUAGUAGAUGAUGAUACUACUGAUGAAUCCACAUGUAAAAUGAGACGAUGUAUAUUACCUAAUGUUGAUUUUUGUGGUAUUUGGGAUUCAUUGGUUUAUCAAGAGCCAGUCAAAGAAAUUCUUUUAAAUUAUGCACAGACUGGAAUGAAUUUCGCACGUCAUAAUGUCAAUACUAAUAUUAUUAGUUACAAUAGAUUAAUUUUAUUACAUGGUCUACCAGGUACUGGAAAGACAUCAAUUUGUAAGGCACUUGCACAAAAGUUAUCAAUUCGAUUAAGCAAGCAAUACAGUUUCUUUGAAUUUAUUGAAAUAAAUAGUCAUAAUUUGUUGUCCAAAUAUUUUUCUGAAAGCGGUUCAUUAGUUAUGUCUAUGUUUCAACAAAUAAAAAAUGUGUUGGAAUAUGGUGAUUCAUUGGUAUUUAUAUUAAUUGAUGAAGUAGAGAGUUUAACAAGAGCUCGAGAUGCUGUAUUAUCUGGCACUGAGCCAUCAGAUUCUAUAAGAGUUGUAAAUGCUGUACUUACACAAUUGGAUAAUUUGAGAAAGUAUCCAAAUGUCAUAUUUUUGACAACAUCUAAUGUAACAGAAGCCAUAGAUUCUGCAUUCACUGACAGAGCUGACAUAAAGAUGCUCAUCAAUCCUCCACAAGAAAUGGCCAUAUAUACUAUACUUAAAGCAGCUAUUGAAGAACUUAUUAAAGUAGGAUUGAUUAUUAAUGUGGAAAAAAAUGAUAAAUUUGAUCGUCUUCCAAAUAGUAAUGCUGAAGAAAUUGAAGACAAAAGUACAACUCAAAAAUUAUAUGAAAUUUCUAAAGAAAGUGUUGGUUUAAGUGGACGAGUUUUAAAAAAAAUAACUUUUAUAGCUCAUUCUAUAUUUAUCAGGAAACCACAGUGUGAUGGGGUUCAUCAAUUUUUGUGUGCAUUACAAAAAGCAAUAAAGUAUCAAAAAACACAAGAUGCUGGCAUUAAUAAAGUAAAAUAAUCAUGAUUUAACAUGAGUGUACAGUGGACUCUCAAUAAUCCAACAGAUAUCAGACCAGAGGACUGUCAAAUUAAUGGAAUUUCACAUUAAAACGCAUCUUUACUUAUUGAAAAACCUUAAUUUGAUUAAAGCUUAUAAAUAAUACAUAUGUACAUAUGUAAUAAUAUAUGACAUACGUGAGUUAAUCUUUUGUUGGUAAAUUUUAAAAAACAUACAUACAUUUAUUUAUUUUUUUUUGUUUUUGUUUUAAAUUAUGUUUUUAAGAUAAAACGUUAGAUAAAAUGCUGCCAGAUUACUGGACAUACCGGAUUAUUACCGAGUUUACGGUAUUUGUAAUUUCUAGUCAGUCAAAUGGAUUGUGUUAAAUGCAUGGGUAUAUCACUCAAGUUUUCACUACAAUCGUAUUUUUUUAAUGAUAGAUUAUAAGAAAAAAAGUUAAUAAUUAGCUUAGAAAUUAGCAGUAUAUUAAUAUAAUUUUUAUUCAUUUUUUGGUAAUGUUUCAGCAUUAAUUCUACUCUAAAAUAAUUUUUUUCACUGAAAAAUUAAACU